AUGCGCGUCUUCUUCCUCGUCGCUCUGCUCGCCAUGGUUGCUCUGGCCACUGUCCAGGCACGUCGUCCUCAUGGUCCUCCGCAGGGAGGCCAGGGACCACCCCAGGGUGGACCAGGUGCUCAGGGACCGCCUCAGGGAGGUCAAGGACCACCUCAGGGCGGACCAGGUGGUCAGGGACCACCCCAGGGUGGACCUGGCGGCCAGGGACCUCCCCAGGGACCUCCCCAAGGACCUCCUCAGGGUGGCAACUCGUCCUCCUCCCAGGAGUCAUCCUCCCAAGAGAGCUCCAGCGACUCCUCCGCCUAG